AUGGCCGCCGAGAAGCCCGAUAAGAAGGAGAAGAAGGACAAGAAGAGAAGCGACGAGUCCGGCGUUGCCAAGUCCAAGAAGGAGAAGAAGGAUAAGAAGGACAAGAAGGAGAAGCUUGCCGCCGCCCUCGAGGAGAAGAUCGGCCAAGAUGCUCCUGUCGCUGCCGCCGUCGCUGCUGCUGCUGUUGAGGACGACUCUGAUGCCGAGGAGGACAAGGCCGCUGAGCUGCCUCUUGAGCGCACCGUCGUUCCCUUUGCCAUUCCCGUCGCUGACGACAAGGGCAUGAAGAAGGUCUACAAGACCAUCCGCAAGGCUGCCAAGAACAACACCCUCAAGCGCGGUGUCAAGGAGGUCGUCAAGACCCUCCGAAAGUCUCCCCCUUCCGCUCCCAACAACACCUCUUUCCCCGGUGUUGUCAUCAUCGCCGGCGACAUCUCCCCCAUGGACGUCAUCUCUCACCUCCCCGUUCUCUGCGAGGACCACAACGUUCCCUUCAUCUUCGUCACAUCGCGCGCUGAGCUCGGCGCUGCCGCCAAGACCAAGCGACCUACAUCCGUCGUCAUGAUCAUGGAGAAGGCUGAGGGCAAGAAGGCCAAGAGCAAGUCCGAUGAGAAGGACGGCGAGGACGAUGGUGAGGCGUUCGGCGAGAGCUACGCGUCUCUCGUCAAGUACGUGCAGAAGGAGUACGGCAAGCAGGCUUUCUGGGUUAAGGGCGGCACCAAGUACUAG